GGGGAAGUCAAAAUACUCCGAGUUGCCAGUAAUAGCGCGAUAUCUCCGCAGAUCGCCUGAGAUGAACCCCAACGCCGUCGCCUUAAAGCGGCCCCUCCCUCUCUCCGCUGCCUUCCACCGCCCUUCUGCCGCUCUCAUCCACCGGCGAUCAGAUUGCUGCUCUGUAGCGUUCCCGGCAGCUUCUUCAACCGCUACAUGGUCGAAGGGUAGUAGGGUUCUUGUGGCAAGAUGUAGUUCGGCUAAGACGGCUGAUUCUUUCGAGCCCGAUCGCACCCGAGAAGAUGCAUUCGUUCCGGGCCAGGAGGUUGAGAGAAAAGAUACUGACGUUUUGAAGAUUCUGAGGGGUGCAAAUUCAAUUCUACCCCAUGUGGUCCUUGCAAGUACAGUGUUGGCCCUUGUUUACCCGCCUUCUUUCAUGUGGUUCACAAACAGGUACUACGCACCUGCACUGGGGUUCUUAAUGUUUGCAGUUGGUGUCAAUUCAAGUCCAAAGGAUUUUACAGAAGCAGUCAAAAGACCUGAUGCAAUUGCUAUUGGAUACGUUGGACAGUUCAUAAUUAAGCCUCUUCUUGGAUACAUUUUCGGCACUAUUUCGGUUUCAACUUUUAAUCUUCCUGCUUCUUUAGGUGCUGGAAUCAUGUUAGUGUCAUGUGUCAGUGGAGCACAGCUCUCGAACUAUGCAACUUAUUUGACGGACCCACCUAUGGCCCCUCUAAGCAUUGUCAUGACAUCUUUAUCAACUGCCACAGCAGUUUUUGUUACACCAAUGUUAUCAUUGCUACUUAUUGGCAAGAAGCUGCCUGUCGAUGUAAAAGGAAUGAUGUCAAGUAUUAUGCAGAUUGUAGUUGCUCCAAUUGCUGCAGGGCUUCUUUUAAACAGGUUUUUUCCAAGGUUUUGUGGCGCUAUUCAGCCUUUUCUGCCUCCACUAUCAGUGUUUGUGACAGCUCUCUGUGUUGGUUCACCAUUGGCAAUAAAUAUUGGGGCCAUUAUGUCUCCUUUUGGAAUAGCCAUAGUACUGCUUAUUUUCGGAUUUCAUGCAGCAUCCUUUAUGUCUGGGUACAGUCUGGCUGGAGUGGUGUUCCAAAAGUCAGCUGAUGUGAAAGCACUACAGCGAACCAUUUCUUUUGAGACAGGAAUGCAAAGCAGUCUUCUAGCCCUCGCACUUGCAAAUACGUUUUUCCAGGACCCCCUUGUGGGUGUGCCUGCAGCCAUUUCUGUUGUAUUGAUGUCUUUAAUGGGAUUUGCUCUUGUCAUGAUAUGGUCUAAAAGGAAGCAACAAAUGCAUUUUGAUGGGAUCUCCAUGAGGAACUGAAAUUUCUUCAUGCAGUUUUGGUUGAUCAAGAAUUUACUAAUGCAAAACUUAUACUGAAAUGGACAUGUAUCACAUAUUGAUGGUUAAGUUCUCAUGAUUUGAAGGCAGCACAUCUGUAACAUCCUUAGUGGAGAUGAAAGUGUCAGGUGUAUCAUAGUAACAAUAUUUCUGAAUUUCAUGAUAUGUUUCAGUCCUCAUGAUUCUUUGCAUAA